UAGCUUGCUAGACAAGAUAGACGAACCAAUAAAGCUCUUUAGACGCUUUCGUAGAGCCAUUGUGUUUUAUACCCACUUCUGUCGUCUACUAAGUUAUCCGAUUUAAUUUAAUAUUUACGGUGUUGUUAUUGGUCAUCUAGUUAAGUUUUAUUAAGUUAAGUUAGCAUUAGCCUAGCUAGCUAUCAUCUCCGACCAUGAGUUCACUAAGCUCCUCUCCUCCCGUUAAAGAAGAUGAGGUCUCCUGGACGGAGAAAGAGGCUCUGGUGAAAGAGGAGGCUGUUACAAUAGAAAAACAAGUAGAGGGUGAGGCUGUUACCGUGAAAGAAGAAGAGAAAGACGUUUCAGUGAAACAAGAGGAAGAUGCGUUCAGAGUGAAAGAGGAGGAGGAUGAGAUGACUGUUACAUCGAAAAAGGAGGAGGAAGAAGAGGAGGGAACUGGAUUUCUGGGCCCGGUUUCCCAAAGGCAACUUAAGGAACUUGGAGAGAGACAAGAUAAACGUGGAUCCUCUGGGGAGCCUCAACAACAUCAUGAGGCAGAGAAAAGUCUCUCCACAUCAGAACACCUCAAGAAACACCAGCAGAAACCCACAGGGAAGAAAUCUCACCGCUGCUCUGUCUGUGGGAAGAGUUACUCAAGAUCAGAUUCACUGAAGGCACACCAGAGAAUUCACACAGGGAAGAAGUCUCACCACUGCUCUGACUGUGGGAAGACUUACUCAAGAUCAGAUUCACUAAAAGUACACCAGAAAAAACACAUUGGAGAGAAACCUCACUGCUGCUCUAAUUGUGGGAAGAGUUGCACCUCUUUAGCAACCCUAAAAAUACACCAGAGAAUCCAUAGAAGAGAAAAACCUUAUAGUUGCUCUGAUUGUGGGAAGUGUUUUGUUUUGUCAGGACAUUUAAAAUCACACCAGAGAACACACACAGGACAUAAACCUUAUAGUUGUCAUCUAUGUGGGAGGAGUUUUAGGCACUUAAGCAGCCUGAUAGUACACCAGAGAAUACACACAGGAGAGAAACCUUACCAAUGCUCUGUCUGUGGAAAGAGUUUUGUUUCGUCAGGACUUUUAAAAUCACACCAGAGAACACAUACAGGAGAGAAACCUCAUAGCUGUGAUCAAUGUGACAAGAGAUACUCUGAUAAAAGAUCUCUGGUUAAACAUCAGACAAUUCAUACAUGAAGGAGUUGUUCAAUGUGAGAAGAGUUUUACUGAAUCUAGAGAGCUGACUUUGCACCAGAGAAAACACACGGGAAAUACAUUUUAACACUAGCUCUGACUGUGGGAAGAGUUUUGUUUAAUCAGGACUUUUUAAAACCACACCAGAGAACCCACACAGGAGAGAAACAUCAUAGCUGUGAUCAAUGUGACAAGAGAUACGUUAUAUCAAUGAAACAAAUGUCACAAUGCAAUAGGAGUAGGGUAAUGAUGUCAUAAUGAAGAAACCCUAAAUGUUUGCCCUGUUCUAUUGAUUUCAGCUAUGGAUUGAAAUGAAAGAUGAACUAUUAAAAAUAUUUAGUUUUCUCCGUUGUAGUUGAAAAUAUUUAGUUUUUUUUUCAAUGACUCGAAAACAACUUAAUUUCAACGUACUUGCAGCCUAUACACAUGGACGAAGUAUAAUAAAUUGGUCUAUAAUCAAUUUUAUUGACAAUCCUACAUCACUCCCGUAUUUCUUGACAACAUUCAAGUGCUAAUUGUCUUUAUUCCACUACUGAAGAAGCAUGACUCAAAUCACCUCAUAUUUCAAACAUUCAGCCUGACAAAAGAUACAUGUUUUAUUAUUCCAUGCCUCACCAUUAAGUGAAUUAUUGUCAAUACAUAUU